AUGGCUCAGGCAUUCAACAAACUCGGCGGUAUCUUCCCCAAGGGCAGCGGAAAGGGUCUCGCUGGCGGUGCCGGCGCCUUGAUCACCCUCGGCGCCCUCGGCUACGGAAUCAACGCCUCCCUCUUCAACGUUGACGGAGGUCACCGUGCCGUCAAGUACUCCCGUGUCUUCGGUGUCCAGAAGGAGGUCUACAACGAAGGAACUCACUUUGUCAUCCCCUGGUUCGAGACUCCCAUUAUCUACGAUGUCCGUGCCAAGCCCAGAAACGUUGCAUCCUUGACCGGAACCAAGGAUUUGCAGAUGGUCAACAUCACCGUCCGUGUCUUGUCCCGCCCCCGCGUCAACGACUUGGCCGAGAUCUACCGUACAUUGGGACAGGAUUACGAUGAGCGUGUUUUGCCUUCUAUCAUCAACGAGGUGUCCAAGUCGGUCGUUGCUCAGUUCAACGCCUCUCAGCUCAUUACCCAGCGUGACCGCGUUUCUCGCUUGGUUCGCGAGAACUUGAUCAAGCGUGCUGCUCGCUUCAACAUUGUCCUUGACGAUGUCUCGAUCGUCCACAUGGCCUUCUCGCCCGAGUUCACCCAGGCUGUUGAGGCCAAGCAGAUUGCCCAGCAGGAGGCUCAGCGUGCCGCCUUCGUUGUCGACCGCGCCAUUCAGGAGAAGCAGUCCAUCAUUGUCAAGGCUGAGGGAGAGGCUCGCUCUGCAGAGCUUAUCGGUGAUGCCAUCGCGAACAAGCCCGGUUUCAUUGAGCUCAGAAAGAUUGAGGUCGCUCGUGAGAUUGCCUCCAUUAUCUCCCACUCCUCUAACCGCGUCAUGCUCGAUGCCGACACCUUGUUGUUGAACGUCAGCGAGCAGAAGAAGGAGGAGGUCAAGAAGCAGUAA